UCUCUGACAAUCUCUCUGACGACUUCGACCACAGAGUACUUUCGUCAGAUGUUAUCAGACUUUUACGUGUGAAUAAAAUAAUAUUCCUAUAAAUUCCUAUCCUAAAUGUAAACCAUCUUAUUGGCAUUAUUUUGGGAAGUAGGUAGUGAAAAUAAAACUGAAGGUUUUUAUCAUAUUUUUAUCUGCAAAGUAAAAUUGAGUCGCUUUAUUGAAAAGCUGUGGUGUAUAUUUAUAGUGACAUCGCAUGUGAUAAAUCUUAACAAACUUGCCUAUCUGAUACUUGAAUCAUGUAAAUAUCUAAAUUUAUUUGUACAUUUUCUAUAGCUUGUGGAUGAGAAUGUCUAGUUUUGGUAUAGGAGUGUAUUUUUUGAGUGUUAUAUGGUUUAUAACUCUCAUGUUGUGUUGGGUAUCCGUUCGAACUGGGCAUUACAUUGGAAAAGUUUCGGUUGCCGUAUCUUUUGUACUAACUAUCGUACUUAUAUCAAUGCCAAAAGGGGACGCGCAUCAUUAUAGUGCCAACUUUUAUGACCGAUUGUUUGUUUUACGAUACGCAGUCCUCUCUCUGUUGCUUGCUAGUUGUGUCGGUGGUUCAGUAUUUCUUUUUAUACAUGUCUGCCUAACUCCAAUUGAAACUCGUAAAGUCAGAAGUUUCGGUAUCGUAAACUAAUUUUGGCUUGAUACAAUGUCUAAUGGAAUAUGCCAAAGUUUAUGGUCACCUGUCAGAAGACUGGUGAAAUUGAAGAGGGUGAGACACAUCUCUACAUCACUAGUUCACAAUGAGACAAUUUUAGUUAAGAAUAAUAACGAAUUUGUUACUAAGGUAAUGAAUAAUGAUAAGCCAGUGAUAGUGAAUUUCCACGCGGAUUGGUGUGAGCCGUGCAAGAUCCUCACGCCCAAACUUAAGGAGAUGAUUGAACCACUCAACAAUCUGGACUUAGCUGUUGUUGAUGUAGAGGAUAAUGCGGAAUUGGUUCAUGCUUUCGAGGUGAAAGCAGUUCCCGCUGUUAUAGCUAUCAGAAAUGGUUUAAUAGUGGAUAAAUUCAUUGGAUUGGUUGACACAGAUAUGAUUACAAAUCUUAUAGAUCGAAUGUCCGGUAACAAGAAGGAAGGAUCAUAAGAAAUAAUACCUAUGUAAUAAACACUUAUAUAAUAUGUAUUAUAUUAAGAGUGAGAUAUAUGAUUCGUUAAUCGAUAUUUUCAAGCAUAGGCGUAUUUAGAGGGAGGGGGAGGGGGCAGUGCAAACCCUAGAGUCGUCUGGUGCCCAUUUCAGGAUGUUGGCGAAACUAAAUAUGCAUAUUUGUAAAGUGCCAGGCCCUCCCCGUAAAAUAAUCUAAAUUACGCCAGUGCUUUUAAGUAUCAAAACCAUUUAUCAAUAAACGGGAUCGCGAUAACAUUGUGAAUUAAAAGAAAUCUGGCCAUAUUUUGAUAAUAGAUAUGACGUAGUUUCCAAAUGUUAGAUUUUAAUGUACAAUGAACUUUGUAACUAGGUUGCUGAUUAAUGUUUUAUGCAAUGUUUAAUUAGUAAUUAUAUUAUUUCCUUAUCUUGCCUUGUAUCUAAUGAUAAUUAUUUUCAAAUAUUAUAUAAUAAUUAUGUUUGCAAUGUAAGAGCAUCUAUAACAAUGCGUGAACGAAUUAUAAUUUAGUUUUUUUUUUUUUUAAUAUGGAAAUGAACUUUUAAAUAUAAAUUGAAAAUAUGUUAAUUUUUAUUUAAAUGGAGUUACAUCUAAAGCGUCAUCAUUAAUACAAUUGGUUUUAAGAACCAGUAUCAAUUAAAUUUAUAACAGACAAGUUGAACCAGCAAAUUCGGAGAGAAAAUCCACUGCCACCUACCGAUUGAAUGUUUUCUUAUUAGUAUAAAACUAUCGUGUUUGAAUAAAAAAUACUCAUUUAUAAAAUUUCUUUAAAUGAGUAUUGUAACAUGAGAUUUUUGUUUAUUAUAAAAAUAUUUAAGUCGGAACUAUUUUGAAUUUAGUUCUUGAUCUAUAACAUAAUAAUAACAUAACCAGCGAUUCUUAAAGUGGAUUUCGUAAAAAAGGUUACCAGGGUUCCGCGAGAUUUUUUCGAGAGAGAGUUCCGUGUGAAACAACUUCAUUCUUCACAUUAAAAGUUAAAGGAUAUUAAAAGCUUUUGUUUUUAUUUCAAUUACAGUGUUUUUGAUUUGUAAUAAUUUGAUACGGGAUUCCAUAAAAUAAAAGGUAUUUGUUGGAUGUUCUGUUAUUUUAAAAGUUUAGGAACCCCUGCACUAAUCUUUUUUAGGGUCAGUUUUAAAAAAUGACGUUCGGUACCAAAGUCAACAUCAUUAUAUAUUAGCAGCUAUUACAGCGGACUUCAUUGAAAUUAUUAAUGAUCCGAGAGCAGACAGUUUGUGGAAAUUAUGAGUAUAGUUAUGGAAAGAGAAAAUACUGCCAGUAUCUUAGGAACACUGCUUAGAUGUGACGCAUUAGAAAAUAGUCAUUAUGCUUAAUGGUUCAUUAAUUGAUAUAACAAUAAAUUGUCAUCAAAACCUUUUUAGAUAUUUCCAUAGAAAAUGGUCUGUUAGCUUCAUCCCAUGUUAUGGGUGCUCAACAUAUAUGCAGUUAAAUCUAAGAACAUUCUCGUACUUUGUUACAUCUAAUUAUAUAUCGUAUUAACAUAAAUUUACUAGUUUUUAAAGUAUACGUGAUAUUUUUAGUUUUAGAUGCUAAAAUAUUAUAAAUAAACUAAAUACAUGUACCUUAUAAGCGUUUCCACAGAGACGUCAUGUAUAGUGCUUGUUGGUUUCGAAACAAGCAUCUAGUGAAAUGGUAGCUUAACUUACAUGUAGUAGAAAGUACAGGUUCAAACCCCAUCCAUUUUGGAAUUGUUUGUGAUCACAUAAUAAUCUUCACAUUCUUAUAAUAAAGUUAUAAUUUAAUAGAUAGUCUUUACCUAAAGUAUGUUUUGAUAUCUACAAUUGAAAUGUGUCAAUAAUCACAAGAAAAAGUGAAAAACAAAUAUACAUAAUGCCCUAGUCUAUAUAAGACUGUUUGUGUAUUAAUAAAUACUUUAUUUUUAUUAUCUCUAUACUAUAUUAUUGAAAUAUUGUAUAUAAUAAAGUACCUAGAUAUAUUGUGGAUAACAUGAAGUUAUUAACAACAUGUACAAAUAUUUAGGUCCAUAAUGAAGAAGUAGUAUAAACUUGGAUAGUAAAAAAAUAGUGAAUUUUGUAAAAAAACAAUUGGAAUUACUGUAUAUUUGAUAUAAUUAGAUAUCCUCAGAUCCGGCCUGCAGAAUAAUCUAGCUAGGUGACGGGCUAUUUGGGAGCAGUGGAAAUAAUUUUGAAUAUUUUUUUUGUUUAAUGAUAUACACUGGGAUCGUUUUUAAAAAGUCAUUUUCUAUCUCUGAAACUACAAUUUUUGUUAAAUUUUACAAUGUAACUGCAAUUAUAAGAAUUAGUAUAAAUUAGAAUAAUGGGCAGAAUUGAACCCAAAUUACUUAGUGUUUAGUUUUUGGUUGUUUUUAACAUGAGCGUUUAGAUCAAUUAAAAUUUAAUUUGAUAGUUCAUCAUCUCGAAAUUGACACUAUUAUCUCUUAAGUAUGAGAAACAGCCUUAGUAAACUAUUCAAUAAAUGAAAAAAUCAUUUCUCAAAGUUACGUGACAUUAGUUCUCGCGCUGAUAUCCUGGACUGUCAUGCUAUAUUCUACUAUAGAGCAACAUAACUUGUAUUGAAAGCGCAUUCAUGUAAUUCGCCUUCGACGUUAAGUUUAUUAUGCACGGUAUCUGUCUCCUAGGUUGAAAUUAUUCACAAUAUUUUAUUUUUAGUGUGCCAUAUAUCAAAAGGAAAAAUUUAACUCUUACAGGAUCACUUGUCACUUGUCCGUCUGUCAAGACCCUUUUUCUCUGGAACACGUGGAGGUACCAAGUUGAAAUUAAUAUUGAAUACUUGAGUCUGCAAUCCCUUGAAGUUGUAAUAUAAUCAAACUUCUAAAUUCAUGCAAUUAAAAGAUGCAAUCAUUAAUAGUGUAUAUUUUGAUAUUUACAAGAAAAA